AGAUCGUUAGGGUAUACUCACAACACUCGAGAGGAAAGAUCAAAAGUCUCAAACUUUUCACGCCGAGGAAGGAAUCAACGGAGACAAAAAAAAAAUGUUGUUCUUUUCAUACUUCAAGGAUUUGGUCGGGCAAGAAGUGACGGUUGAGCUGAAGAACGAUUUAGAAAUCAGAGGGACUCUUCAUUCAGUUGAUCAGUACCUCAAUAUCAAGCUCGAGAACACUCAUGUUGUUGAUCAGGACAAGUUCCCUCACAUGCUUUCAGUGAGAAACUGUUUCAUUAGGGGAUCAGUGGUGAGAUACGUGCAGUUACCUCCUGAUGGAGUCGAUGUUGAUCUACUUCAUGAUGCUGCUAGAAGAGAAGCUAGAGGUGGUUGAUUCCUCCAAAAACCUCUUUGUAUCUCCAAACUUAAUUCUCUUGAUUAACAAGACUUGAUACUUUUCCAUUUUCGUGUAACACUGAAUGUUUUAAGAUUAUCUUAAUCAGAGGAUCAUCUGUUUUCUUUUCUAAACUCUUUGAUUAAAAAGGUUAUACUAAGAAAUGCCUUUUUAUUCUGGUCCUUUAGUUUCUUCUCUAUUAGA